AUGUACUUCCGAACAGCCCUGGUCGCUCAAUUUCUCAUUGCUCUUGCAAAGUCGGCAUCGACCCUUGACUCUCUAACAUAUUGCCUCAGCGCCGCAUCCGUCGCCGUCGCUCCGUCUCUUCCCAUCGCCUACAACAUCCGUCUUCCCUACACGCCGCUCGCGGUGGCCGUUCCCACAACAACCGCGCAGAUAUCGUCCGCUGUGAAGUGCGGUGCACAGAAUGGCGUCAGCGUCAGCGCCAAGAGCGGCGGCCACAGCUACACGUCUUCCAGCUUCGGCGGGGAAGACGGCCAUCUGGUGAUCAACUUGGACCGCAUGUACGCCGUGAAGGUCGCCACCGACGGCACGGCCAAGGUACAGGCGGGCGCCAGACUGGGGCAUGUGGCUACGGAGCUGUACAAACAAGGCAAAAGGGCACUCUCUCAUGGGACAUGUCCAGCUACCAGCGUCGGCGUCGGUGGGCACUCUCUUCACGGCGGCCACGGCAUGGUCUCCCGGACGUACGGACUUACUACAGACUGGAUCAAGGGCGCGACCGUCGUCCUGGCCAACGGGACCAUCACGUACUGCUCCGCGACCGAGCGACCGAACCUCUUCUGGGCGCUCCGCGGCGCGGGCUCCUCCAUGGUAAUCGUGGCCGAGCUCGACUUCAACACCUUUUCUGCCCCCGAUCAGGUGACAUACUUCGACAUCAGCCUCGUCUGGGAUGCCAAGAAGGCACCGCAGGUCCUCCUGGACGCCCAGGAGGCAUGCCGGCGGAGCUGA